AUGCCCGUCCUACCAAGUGCCAACUUGAGCUUCUCUACAUUCCUGCUGACAGGCUUCCCAGGCCUGGAAUGGGCUCACCACUGGAUCUCACUGCCAAUUUUUGUAGGAUACCUUGUGGCCCUCCUGGGCAAUGCCACCAUUUUGCAUCUGGUACGAACUGACUCUUCUCUGCACCAGCCCAUGUACUACUUUCUGGCCAUCCUGGCUGUGACAGACUUGGUCCUGUGCAUGUCCACACUGCUCUCAGUGUUGGGUGUACUGUGGUUUGAUGCCCAGAUGGUGGGCCUGGUGCCCUGUGUUCUGCAGCAGCACUUCCUACACUCCUUCUCCUUCAUGGAGUCAGCUGUGCUCUUUGCUAUGGCUGUGGACCGGCUGGUGGCCAUCCAAUCCCCACUGCAUUAUGGAUCGGUAACCAUGGGUCCUCGUGUGGCAUUGGCUGGGGUUAUAUUGGGCAUAAAGCGUGCCGCCAUCACUGCUGCACCCUCAUUGCACCUAUUGAAAUUUGACUACUGUCAUCCUGGGGUACUGAUCCAUGCCUACUGCCUUCACCAGGACAUGAUCUGUCUGGCCUGUUCUGACACACAUUUCAACAGACUCUCUGGGUUAUGCAUCAUCAUGCUGGCCAUGGGCUCUGAUGUCCUUUUCAUCCUGCUCUCCUACACUAUCAUCCUCCACACCAUGCUGGCCAUUGACUCGGCAGGGAAGAGAUUCAAAGCCUUUAACACUUGUGUUUCCCACAUCCUGGCUGUGCUCUCCCUCUACAUGCCUGUGCUAGGCCUCUCCAUCAUGCACAGAUUUGGGCACCACACCUUGCCCCUGGUGCACAUCCUUAUGGGCACCGUCUCCAUGCUCUUCCCACCCCUGAUGAACCCUCUUAUCUAUAGCAUCAAAACUUAG